UCCUGACAUCCGUUUGGCAACUACCUCGGCUUCCGGCUAUCAUCCCGAGAGGCGCGGAGUCCCGGGGCCCUUACAGACAGCGUUUGUGGGGGUCUCCGGGAGCGGGACCGCGAAGGCGGCCCCGCGGGCGGGAUGUUCCGAGGGUUAAGUAGUUGGCUUGGCCUGCAGUCGCCAGGGACUGACGGCGAGGCGUCAGCUGGAGACCCUCCGCCUGAGCAGCACUCGGAGGUGGCAGCACAGCCCACGAAGGAGCAGCAGCCCGAGGACCUGGAACUUCUCCACCAGGCCAGAGACCUCGGCAACUAUCUCUUUAACUUUGCGAGUGCUGCCACCAAAAAGAUAACUGAGUCAGUUGCUGAAACAGCACAGACGAUAAAGAAAUCCGUAGAAGAAGGCAAAAUAGAUGACAUCAUUGAUAAGACGAUCAUAGGAGACUUUCAGAAGGAGCAGAAAAAAUUUGUUGAGGAACAACAUACAAAGAAAUCCGAAGCAGCCGUGCCCCCGUGGGUGGACAGUAAUGAUGAGGAAACCAUUCAGCAACAAAUUCUGGCCUUAGCAGCUGACAAGAGGAAUUUCCUUCGCGACCCUCCAGUGGGCGUGCAGUUUCACUUCGACUUUGAUCAGAUGUACCCUGUCGCCUUGGUCAUGCUGCGAGAGGAUGAGCUGCUGAGCAAGAUGCGCUUUGCUCUGGUUCCCAAACUCGUGAAGGAGGAGGUGUUCUGGAGAAACUACUUCUAUCGCGUGUCCCUGAUCAAGCAGUCAGCCCAGCUCACCGCCCUGGCCGCGCAGCAGGCCUCAGGCAAGGAGGACAAGAAAGGCAGCAUGAGUGCCAAGUCGCCGCUGACAGAGGCAGUACGGCCCAAAACGCCACCUGUCGUAAUCAAAUCUCAGCUUAAAACUCAAGAGGAUGAGGAAGAAAUUUCAACAAGCCCAGGAGUUUCUGAGUUUGUCAGUGAUGCUUUUGAUGCCUGUAACUUAAAUCAAGAGGACUUAAGGAAAGAAAUGGAGCAACUUGUGCUCGACAAAAAGGAAGAGGAGACAGCUGUCCUGGAAGAAGAUUCCGCUGAUUGGGAAAAAGAACUGCAGCAGGAGCUUCAGGAAUACGAAGUGGUCACAGAAUCGGAUAAGCGGGAUGAGAACUGGGAUAAAGAAAUAGAAAAAAUGCUUCAGGAAACAAACUAGCUGUCUCCUGCAAUAAACGGAUAAGCCUUGCCAUUCCAUGUACUAACGUGGAAUCUUGGUGUUGACACGCAAUCAGAACACUCAAAAAUUCUUUUGUUCAAGCUGAAACUUGCCUCUUCUACUUAAAAAAAGUACAUAGAACAGUUAUUCUAAUAAUCAUGAAAGGGGAGGUUGAUGUAACAAUUUCCUUGAUAUAAAUCUCAGUAGAGUUGUUCUUUUAGGCAGUAUAGAUAUUUUUACCACAGAAACAGGUAAAAUUUUUAAGAGUUCUGUUUUCCACAAGAUCAAAAAUACUAUUUCUUCUUCACUUACUAUUCUGUAAACAUUUGUGUUCCUCACUGUAUUGUUGUUGAUACCUGGAUGUUAAAGUUCUUACUGAAUAGAUUAUCAUCAGAAUGAUCAAAUUAUACCAAAGAAUUGAAGAGGAAGUACUUUUAGAACUGUUUUCUUGCUAGUUUUUUUCCUAAAGUCUCAUCUGAAAGGCAACAGGUAAGAUAAUGAAGUUGAUUAGAGAUACCAGCCAGGGAUGGUGGCUCCCAUCUGUAAUCCUAGUACUCGAGGAGCUGAGGCAGGUAGAUCAUUAUGAGUUUGAGGCCAGCCUGAACUACAUAGCAAGACCCUGUCUCAAAAAACAACAACAAGGGGUCAGGGAUUUAGCUCAGCGGCAUAAGCGCCUGCCUGACAAGCAUGAGGUCGUGAGUUCGAUCCCUGGUACCAAAAAAAAAAAAAAAAAAAAGUAAAUAAAUGAAGUUGAUCAGAAUGCCACAGUGAGCAAAGUUUGACAGUGAAUAAUGCCAUGCACACCCGGAUGUCACCCCAUACUAGAGCAUUGUGUGCUCGAGGCCCUGGGUAUGAGUCACAGGAAAAACAAAAGGUUGUUAUAUACAGAUAUCUGUAAAAACUGUUCUCCCCUAGGGUCAUAUAUCUUUCAUUCAUUCUUUCAUUGCUUAUUUUUUUAAACUAGACCACAAAUGUGACAUGAUGGAUUUUGUGGCAAGUGGGGCCUUCUGUUCCUUUUGUCUCAGUGAUCUUGGGAACCCUGUGUACCCUAACCCUUUCUUGUUUUCAUGAUCCCUAUGUAUCAAUGUUUCAGCUUUGUCUUAAUUAAACUGCCAGUCUUGCUA